UUCCUCCGCACCGACGAUGCCUUCAUCCUGCGGUUCCUGCGGGCCAGGAAGUUUCAGCACUUCGAGGCGUUUCGCCUCCUGGCCCAGUACUUUGAAUAUCGCCAGCAGAACCUGGACAUGUUCAAGAGCUUCAAGGCCACAGACCCGGGCAUCAAGCAGGCGCUGAAGGAUGGCUUCCCCGGCGGGCUGGCCAACCUGGACCACUAUGGCAGGAAGAUCCUCGUCCUUUUUGCUGCCAACUGGGACCAGAGCAGGUACACACUGGUGGAUAUUUUGCGCGCCAUACUUCUUUCUUUAGAAGCCAUGAUAGAAGACCCCGAGCUUCAAGUGAAUGGGUUUGUUUUGAUUAUAGACUGGAGCAACUUCACCUUCAAGCAGGCCUCCAAGCUCACACCAAGCAUGCUUAGAUUAGCCAUAGAGGGCCUUCAGGACAGCUUUCCAGCUCGGUUUGGAGGAAUACAUUUCGUCAAUCAGCCGUGGUAUAUCCAUGCCCUCUACACAGUUAUACGGCCCUUUUUAAAGGAGAAGACACGAAAAAGGAUAUUCCUGCAUGGUAAUAACCUCAACAGCCUGCAUCAGCUAAUACACCCUGAGAUCCUGCCUUCAGAGUUUGGAGGAAUGUUGCCCCCUUAUGACAUGGGAACGUGGGCAAGAACGCUGCUUGACCAUGAGUACGAUGAUGACAGUGAAUGCAAUGCGGAUUCCUACAACGCUCCUGCAAAAGAUAUAGAAAAGGAACUCUCUCCCAAAUCCAUGAAAAGGUCUCAGUCAGUUGUGGAUCCUGGGGUGCUGAAACGCAUGGAUAAGAAUGAGGAAGAAAACAUGCAGCCUUUGCUUUCACUUGACUAACAGUUCCUGAGCAUCGGACAUGAACUGAGGUGGAAGGCACUGCCUCUCAGCAACAAGCAAAUUUUUGACGGAAUCCUAUUUACUCAUGUUAAUGUAGCAUAAUGGCAGCAGGCAGCAGGGUUUACUAUUCUGCCUGAAUUCUGGAUGCCCUGGGGUGAAAAAGAAGAAGAGAAAAAAGGAAAAUAAAAU